AUGCCCGCAAUUCCGAGUUCUAGGUCCAGGACGCGGGAUCGGAACAACGUCCUGAGCAGACCCGAGUUCAUGUCCCUGAAUCAGCCUCUACGGUGCGUUAACUCUGAGACCCGGGGCACCGCAAGGCGACCGGACCCAACCCAAACACCAAGCAAGCCAACCGUGCGACCCGCAGGAACCUACCGACAGUGCCAACAAGGAACGGAAAGAGCCCGCGAAACUGCCGGAUGAGGACUGUAUCCAGCUGAACCCUUCCUUCAAAGGGAUAGCGAUGAGCUCCCUCCUCGCCAUUGACAUUUGUCUGUCCAAGCGCCUGGGGGUCUGCGCCUACACGUCGUCGUCUUGGGGCAGCGUUCGUUCCAUGAUCACCCUGCUCGAACUUACAGGGCACGGCAUCACGUGGAUCUUUGGCACUAUCAUAUGUCUGACAAGAAGUAAUACGCUGGCGGGACAAGAGGUCUUGGUCAAUCUAUUACUUGGUAAAUGCACUCCUCACUCUGUACCCAAAACACAUUGUGUAAUAAUUAUGUUAUUGAAUUGUAAGCUACAUGUGUGACAGCUCUUCUUUAAUGGCUUGGAUAUUAUAGUGUGUCUGUCAGUGCAUUUUUAAUAGGUGUAGCCCAGGGGUCCCCAACCCCUGGUGAAGCCUACUGAUAUGAUCACAUCUCCCUCUACUUCCUUAUCCCUGGGCCCAGGCCCUGUGUUAGGCCUAUAUAACCCAUGUCAAUAUAGGAUAUAUUUAUAGCAUGAUUGUUAACAACAUCUCACCAAAGGAUGUCAUUGUCCACCAGAAUGUGAUUUUAAAGCAUUCCAUGGUAGAGUAUCAGAAGCAGGUCAUUAUGAAAUCCUAACCCUCCAUGGUCUCUUCUCUCUCCAUCACCCAGUGUAGAACCAGGCCUGGGGAACAGGUGCAAGGCUUAAGGCUCCACACAUCACGUUUUGACUUUCGACUGAAGAACUAUAAGUAGACAUUUUAACAAGCCAGGGGCCUACAUCGAAAGACUCAGUGAAGUCAGUAUCAUUAAUGUCAAGCAUAGGCCUAUAUGAAGAUACAGGCCUAUACACUGCUUUGCACUUCUUAUUAUCCCCACUAUGGCAGCUGCUACAGAAGCUACAGUGGAAUAAUUUUCCAAAGUACCUUAUGAAAGUAAUACAUACUUUAUGAUACUUACUUCCUUGAUAUAAGAUCAAUAGGUUAUUUCCCUACAUUUGCUUUAGUCACACGAAUGUAACAUAGCCUACCUAUAGUGCGACCCUGAUUUCUCUAACUAGUGGUAAUGGAAUCCUCCUAGAUGGUGAACUCAUUUUAGGUGGUUAUUUUUACACACUUCUGCGAAGGAGAGCAGCUGACUAUCCCCCAGAUUGAUUUGAGUGAAUUAUGUAUUUCUCAGAACAAAUUGGGGCCACUGUGACAAAUUGUGAUUCUGUGUGUGUGUGUGUGUGUGUGGUGCGUGCGUGCGUGCGUGCGUGUGUGUGUGCGUGUGAUACUUCAAAAGUACUGUAGACCCACACACAUCCAACAGAUUGCCACAGGUGUGUGUAUUAUUCUCAUUUAGCUAUGUGUACUCCUACACACCCCUUUGCUAUCGUAGGCCCACCAUGUUGGCUGGUUCAUACCUGUGAAUUCACCAUGUUCCCUUUGACACCUGAAAGCCUGAGGUAUUUUAUUUUUGCUCCUGUGCCGGAUGCCUGGUUGCUUUGGGCUAGUGUGUGUGGAAGGGUUGUGUGUGUGGAGCGAUUACUCAGAAAAACACUGCAAAUCUGUGGACUGAAGCUGUAUUGUGUUCAGUCUAUAAUCUUUUUAAUUUGGGACAGUUUGGGAUAUUGUGUUUGGGGCAUUGUUCAGGUCAUUGUUCAGGUCAUUAAUAGUGAUCCAGGAUAGGAUAGGGAACCACUGUGUUUGAACAAACAUCCUGAUGAAGGCAAGCUGUGAAUGCAGGAUAAUUCACAAUAACACUUCUCUUUGACUUCAUUUUGCCAGGAAUAGACAGACAGUCAGAUAGACAGAUACACUAUGUGGACACCUGUUUGUUGAACAUCUCAUUCCAAAAUGAUGGGUAUUAAUAUGGAGCUGGUCCCCCCUUUGCUGCUAUAACAGCCUCCACUCUUCUGGGAAAGCUUUCCACUAGAUGUUGAAACAUUGCUGCAGGGACUUGCUUCCAUUCAGCCACAAGAGCAUUAGUGAGGUCGGGAACUGAUGUUGGGCCAAUUAGGCCUGGCUCGCAGUAUCCGUUCCAAUUAAUCCCAAAGGUGUUCGAUGGGGUUGAGGUCAGGGCUCUGUGCAGGCCAAUCAAGUUCUUCCACACCAAUCCCGACAAACCAUUUCUGUAUGGACUUCACUUUGUGCACGGGGGCAUUGUCAUGCUGAAACAGGAAAGGGCUUUCCCCAAACUGUUGCCACAAAGUUGGAAGCACAGAAAAAUCUAGAAUGUUAUUGUAUGCCGUAGCGUUAAUAUUUCCCUUCGCUAGAGCUAAGGGACCUAGCCCGAACCAUGAAAAACAGCCCCAGACCAUUAUUCCUCCUCCACCAAACUUUACAGUUGGCACCAUGCAUUUGGGCAGGUAGCGUUCUCCUGGCAUCCGCCAAACCCAGAGUCGUCUGUCGGACUGCCAGAUGGUGAAGCAUGAUUAAUCACUCCAGAGAACGCGUUUCCACUGCUCCAGAGUCUAAUGGUGGCGAGCUUUACACCAUUCCAGCUGACGCUUGGCAUUGCACAUGGGGAUCUUAGGCUUGUAUGCGGCUGCUUGGCCAUGGAAUCCCAUUUCAUGAAGCUACCGACGAACAGUUAUUGUGCUGACAUUGCUUCUAGAGGCAGUUUGGAACUCGGUAGUGAGUGUCGCAACCGAGGACAGAUGAUUUUGACAUGCUAUGCGCUUCAGCACUCGGCGGUCCUGUUCUGUGAGCUUGUGUGUGUGGCCUACCACUUCACGGCUGAGCCGUUGUUGCUCCUAGACGUUUCCACUUCACAAUAACAGCACUUACAGUUGACCGGGGCAGCUCUAGCAGGGCAGAAAUUUGACGAACUGAGUAGUUGGAAAGGUGGCAUCCUAUGACGGUGCCACGUUGAAAGUCACUGAGCUCUUCAGUACGGGCCAUUCUACUGCCAAUAUUUGUCUAUGGAGAUUGCAUGGAUAUGUGCUCGAUUCUAGACACCUGUCAGCAACGGGUGUGGCUGAAAUAGCCGAAUCCACUAAUUUUAAUGGGUGUCCACAUUUUGGCCAUGUAGUUUAUAUCGGUAGAAAUAUACAUAUUUUUUUGCUUUGAACGGCAUCAUACAGUACAUAACAUUCUAGACUUGUAAAAUCCAUGGCUUGGUUCUCCUCCUCCCUUACCUUCAGUAGUUUUGAGGUGGGCUGUAUCAGGGGGCAGAGCUGUGUCCUGUUGUUGGUACCAGUUGCUUUCCAAGCGGCUCAGCACUGUGUCCCAACUGUCCCAGAAUGACCCCAAUGUACCACAUACUCACUUCCAUGCUGUCCAUUUUCCUCUCUCUGCCUAAUUUCAAUUUUCCCCACCUUCCAUUUCCUUUUUCAUCCUUAACUCAGUUCUUUAUUCCCAUUCUUCCAUUCUUCCUUACUUCCUGCCUUCCUUCAUCCCCCCCCAUGUUAUGUAAUGUUAAUGGUCGGUGACCACUGUGAAUUCUUUAAUUGCUAAAAGUUUACUUUACGACAGAACUAGGGGGUUAUUUGUGUGUGGGUGUACAGGAAGAAGACAGCGUAAUCAAUGUUGUAAUCCUGAGUCCUGACAGAUUCCACAGGGUGGGGUGGUAGCUGGGUGAUCAAAAAUGAAAGGUGGUGAUUGUGGGGAUAUUUUGGGCUGCACAAAGAGGGUUGGAUGCUUUUAAAAUGAGGUCUGCAGAAGACAUGACUGAAAAUAUAAACGUUUAGGGCUGGAUCAAGUCAAUCAUAUUCAAAUAAUUAAUAAGUAUCUAUAUCACACCCAAGCAUAAUUAAGUACGUCUAUUAUACAUCUAUUACCAGUUUAUUACAGUCUUAUUACACAGGUUUGAGGAGGAAAUCGUUUCUAUCUCAGUAUUUCACUUGCAAAUACUCAAAUAACUACACAGACAGCCAAGUGCACAUAAAUUAAGCCAAAGCUGAACUAACUAUAAGCUAAGAGCUCUCCCAGUUCUGUGCUAUCUUCCAGACCUAUUUAGAGAGUAACUGGGCUGCUAGCCUGAUAAUGUGGCCCAUUGGGAUGCUGUAGCAUAGAGGCUCAAACAUUCUGAUCACAUACAGGGAAGAGAGGGGGUUGCGGUGAUGCACUACUGUUCCACAAACUCUCGUCUCUUCUUUAAAUCCACUGCGGCAUUUCUGGGGUAUCGCCUGGCCUGCCUCAUUGCUUAAUCACUGAUGCUUAGCCCUGUAACAGAUAUGGAGCAAAUUACAUAACUGAAAAUGUGGCCCAUUUGUUUUUGACUACUGAUAUUGUAUGUUGUGGUUUACUGCCCUGUGGUUAAUUUAUCUAAUUGGGCUUUUUCAUGCAACAUUGUUUAAAAAGAAAUCCUCCCUCCUCAGCCCUCUUACUUGACAUCAUGACCGUGGCCGGUGUCCAGAAGCUGAUCAAACGCAAAGGACCCUGGGAGAUGACUCCGGGCUUCCUGGACUACUGUGCCAUGGACGUGUACUCCUUCCCGGCGGCCCACGCCAGCCGCGCCGCCAUGGUGUCCAAGUUCCUGCUUUCCCACCUGGUCCUGGCCGUCCCACUACGCAUCCUGCUGGUGCUCUGGGCCUUCCUGGUGGGCAUGUCCAGGGUGCUGCUUGGUAAGCACCACCUGACCGACAUGGCGUGCGGCUUCGCCCUGGGCCUGCUGCACUUCAGCCUGGUGGAGACGGUGUGGCUGUCGUCCAGCGCCUGUCAGACCCUCAUCUCUAUAGGGACCCUCAGCUGGAGUCCCUUCUACUGA